GGACACUGCGAUAAUCUGAAGGCAUCGUCCAACUUCAGACGAGAUAUGCUAAUGCAAGGCGCACCAGGACCGAAGCUGGUAGUCGUAAUGGUCGGACUCCCUGCCAGAGGCAAAUCGUAUAUCGUCAAGAAACUCAAACGAUACCUGACAUGGCUACAAUAUGAUACGAAAAUUUUUAACGUCGGAAAUAUCCGCCGUAAUAGUAACGCGACAAAACGUCUGUUGGAAGUCCCAGAACGGCUCGGCCAAACAAGACACUCGGCAGCCUUUUUUGACCCGGAUAAUAAUGACGCAAGGAAUCUAAGAGACAAGAUGGCAUUAGAAUGCCUGGACGAAUUGAUUGACUGGAUGAACAGUGGCGGAAGGGUUGGCAUUCAUGAUGCGACAAAUUCAACGGUGAAACGAAGAAAACUGAUACUAGAUCAUAUCCAGAAAAACUUAUCGUGCAAGGUUUUGUUCGUAGAAUCAAUAUGUAAUGAUAAGAAGACCGUUGAAGCAAAUAUGCGAUUGAAACUAUCGGGUCCUGAUUACAAGAACAUGGAUCCUGAUGAAGCGCUCGAUGACUUUCGGAAGCGCGUUGUUAAUUAUGAGAAAGCUUAUGAACCUAUAAGUGAGGAGGAGGAACAAACCGAUAUGCAAUAUUGUAAACUGAUUAACGUGGGGAAAAAGGUGAUCGCGCACAACAUUCAAGGAUACUUGAGCGGACAAUGUAUUUUCUAUCUUAUGAAUUUUAAUCUUGUUGCUGUUCAAAUAACAGAACGUCAAAUAUGGCUGACAAGACACGGCGAAAGCACAGACAACAUAAUUGGCAGAAUAGGCGGUAAUGCAUGUCUUUCUGCGAGAGGACGUCGUUUCGCUGAAUGCCUAGCAAAAUUCAUUUCCAAACAAAAAAUUGCAUUCCGUCAACAGCAGUUGGCUAAAUACAAAGCCGACGUUGAAGCUGAGCUGCAAUCGGAUCCUUUAGCAAUUCCUGCAUCUGAACCGCCGGAGAAGAGUUUCCAUGUAUGGACCAGUCUGUUGCAGAGAACUAUCGACACCGUUGAGCAUAUCGAUCCGAAAGAGUUUGGUAUAAUGCAUAUUCGAUUCCUUAAUGAAAUAUAUGCGGGUCUUUAUGAAGAGAUGACGUAUCGCGAAAUUGAACAGCUCUAUCCAAAAGAAUACAAUGCACGUAAAAACAACAAGCUUUAUUAUCGCUACCCUGGAAUGGGUGGUGAAUCGUACUUGGACGUAAUUCACCGAGUGAAUCCGCUUAUUGUCGAGCUCGAACGGAUGACCGAUAACAUCUUGAUUGUAACACAUCAAGUUGUCUUGAGGAUAAUUUUAGCAUAUUUUUUGGAUGUGGACAAAGAACAUGUACCAGACAUGCCGGUUCCUUUACAUACAAUUUAUUGUCUGGAACCCAAGCCAUACGGAACAAAAUUGACAAAGUGGAAAUAUGACGAAGACACAAACUGGUUCCUCGAAGAAGAAUAA